CCAGCGCCUGCAGCAUCGAGCGGAGAUGGCAGCAAAGACCCGGCUCCGUGCCCCCGGGACCCGGGACAUUCCCGACCGAGUGGCGUUAAAAAAGGAGAUCGGUCUCAUCAGUGGCUGCGCUCUGAUCAUCGGGAAUAUCAUUGGUUCUGGAAUCUUCAUCUCCCCAAAAGGAGUCCUGGAGCAUGCUGGUUCUGUGGGCCUGGCUCUUAUCAUCUGGACGCUGGCUGGAUGUGUUACUGUGGUUGGCUCCCUUUGUUACGCUGAGCUCGGAGUGACCAUCACCAAGUCUGGGGGAGAUUACACCUACGUCAAAACUGUAUUCGGAGGAUUACCAGGGUUCCUGGUCCUGUGGAGUGCCCUGCUGGUCAUAAACCCGACCACACAAACCGUGAUGGCGCUGACCUUCUCCAGUUACGUUCUGCAACCAGUGUUCCCGGCCUGUGUGCCCCCUUACAUCGCCUCGAGACUCCUCGCUGCGGUCUGCCUUCUCCUGCUGACCUGGGUGAACUGUUUCCGUGUGCGGUUGGUUACCUUCGUCCAGGACCUCUUCACUGCCGGCAAGCUCCUGGCCCUCGGGCUCAUUAUUGUGAUGGGCUUUGUGCAGAUCUGUAAAGGUCAUUAUGAAUUUCUAAAGCCCAGUAAUGCGUUUGACAUUCAGACAGCUCCUGAAGUUGGCCACAUUGCGCUCGCUUUCCUCCAGGGCUCCUUCUCCUAUAGUGGUUGGAACUUUCUGAAUUACGUCACCGAGGAGCUAGUGGACCCAUGCAGGAAUAUUCCUCGUGCCAUCUUCAUCUCCAUCCCCCUGGUGACCUUUGUUUAUGUGUUCUCCAACGUUGCAUAUGUCACCGCAAUGAGCCCUCAGGAGCUGUUACACUCUGGCGCUGUGGCAGUGACCUUUGGUGAGAAGCUGCUGGGAUCGAUGCCAUGGAUCAUGCCAUUCUCCGUUGCCCUGUCAACAUUCGGGGGAAUCAAUGGAUACCUGUUCACAUCAUCCAGACUGUGUUACGCAGGAGCUCGUGAGGGUCACUUGCCGAGCCUGCUGGCGAUGAUUCACAUGAAACGGUGCACCCCCAUCCCAGCUCUUCUCUGCUCCUGUGCCACCUCCCUAUUGAUGCUGAUCAUUGCGGAUAUCUACACUCUCAUCAAUUACGUGGUGUUCAUUAACUAUUUGUGCUAUGGGGUUACUGUCACUGCCGUCCUCAUCCUUCGCUGGAGAAAGCCAAACAUUUCACGACCCAUUAAGGUACACCUUCUGUUCCCAGUUGCUUACCUGAUGUUUUGGGCGUUCCUGCUGGUCUUCAGUUUCUACUCUGAGCCUGUGGUGUGCGGCACUGCCCUUGUCAUCAUAUUGACCGGUGUUCCCGUCUAUCUGCUCGGAAUCCAAUGGAACAAGAAGCCAAAGUAUUUCAACGAUAUGAUUGAAUCUAUGACGCAUUAUGGACAGAAAUUCUGUUUUGUUGUUUUCCCACAAGAGGAGACUCCAGAAGAGAACGGCCAGCCUCCAACCUUGAAUACAAACAGAAAAUCCCAGGAUGUGUAGCUCACCCUGAGCUUUGACUGUGCCUCAGAACCGUACCAACCAGCUGUUCACCGAGCUGUGACCAACAAGGGCAGUGGGAAAGGUUUUGCCAAAACAAAAAGGGGAAAAAAACAUGGCUGGCAAAGGGAGAAGUUCUGACAUUUUCUGUUUUGGGUAAAGUGAUAGAGUUCAGUAGAUCUUAUGGGAAGUCUGUCUAACCACCCGAAGAAAGCUGGAGCCUCUGAGACCAAGUGAGCAGAUCUGACAAGCUCUGAUUGGGAUCGAUACAAUCCACCUUCUGCCUGAGUGACAGACCUGAUCCGAGCUUCAAUCACUGUUAACAUUACGGAGUAGCCAAUUCAGUUCAAGCCCAGCUACUUUUCCAGUGUCAGUAACCAGGAAAGUACAACUUGGCGUACUGUUAGUUAACUGUAUGUUAAUUCUCUAUGUAUUGCACUCUCUACCCCAACUUUCCCUGACCUGCUGAACACUCCACUGCUCACUGCUGUUUAUUCUGCAUCAUCUCCCACUCCACAGUCUCUCACUGCGGGAGCUCUCUUCGCACCUGACCCAGUGAUCCGGAUUAGGCCCCACCCAUUAAUCUGGAUUAGCUCUAAUCCAGACAUCAGGAUUAGCCCUAAUCCAGUCAUCAGGAUUAGCCCUGACCCAGCAAUCGGGUCUCACUCUGACCGACUCAGUAUUCCAAAUUAUUCUUGAUCCAAUGAUCCGAACUGCAGUGCCAGCCGUUUCAUACUUAGCCCACAGGCUGCCAGCUGGUGCUGUUUUACCACAAGCUGUGUUUCUGAAUCCAGCUUUUCCCAGCACUGCGUCCAGUGGGAAUUUCUGCUCAUGAGGAAGUCCCAAAAAGGACUGGACUGGAAGGACAGGCUUCAUGGUCACAAUGGCACACUGCUGUCCUGAGUCUACUUCCCUAUCCUUACCCUACACUACCUUCUGCUGAUUGCAGCUGAGAAUUGUGCAAAAGAUUGAGGAAUAGGAUCAGAAUGAAAUGCUGAAUCCUCAACCACUCACUGCUGAUUCCCACCACAGCCUUAAGUUCCUUUCACCAGGGGGUGGCAGUAGUGUCACUAAUUGUGAAGCAGGAGGACUUUGAGGACAGACUUUGAUUUGAUGCCUUAAAGUCCUUCCGUUCUUGAAGUUUAUUCCUUUCCUAAUAACUUAACGUGGAUUUUUUUAAAUGAGUUUUUAAUGAACCUGUUACACUGAAUAGUCAAGGCGCACAAUGUCUCCUUUUGUGAAAAGCUCAGGUAAACUAGAGAAGUUCACACGUAUUGAACAACUGAGAAACUGUUUUCACAACCAAGGGCAAAACAUAACUGCAUUCUCAACGUGUGCCACUCACUCAGCAAGACCCUAACCCUGAUUCUAGACCAGUUACAGCUCAGUGGGAAUCUCAUCAAAAAGACAGAAACAUUUGUGGUAUCAGGUAUUAUUUCAGUGAUUUCACCACAAGAUCCAGAGAUGUGCAGUGCAUUACAGAGGGAGCACCGUGCUGAGGGAGCGGGCACCGUCGGCGCCGUCAGCGCCGAGGGAGCGGGCACCGUCGGGUCAGUGCUGAGGGAGUGGGCUCUGUCGUCGGGUCAGUGCUGAGGGAGCACUGUGCUGAUGGAGUGCUGCACCAUCAUAGGGUCAGUACUGAGAGAGGGCCACACUGUAAUUCAGAGACACAACUGUCUUUGUCAGUUCUGCACCUCACUACUAAAGAAUCAUAUGUACCCCAGUGCUUUACAGCGACAGACCCGUCCCCACCGGUACUGUACCCCAGUGCUUUACAGCAACAGACCCGUCCCCACCGGUACUGUACCCCAGUGUUACAGUGGCAUCCUACCAGGAGUGUGACCCAAGCAUUGUACAGCAAUAAACCUGUUCCUAGCAAUUAAGCUGAAAAUGCUUUUUCCAAACAAUCUGUCUUUGCAUGGAGUGAACCAACUAUGCAAUCAGUAGCUGUUUUCAUAAUUCAAUUUGACAUGGUGAUAGUUUCACACCCAUUCUUGCACAUAAUUGAAAUCCAAACGACAAUGCAUUCACUCCACAGGGCAAACAGCUUGUCGGAGCUUUGACGGACUAGAGUAUUUUAAUGUGAAGUUAUGUGCCUGCACACAUCCAACAUUUUGGUAGAAAUGUACAGCAGACGUGCGAAUUUCAGCUUUGGAAAGUAGACUCGAAUCACACUAUAACGGAAUAGAGUUUGAUUCAAUCCCCAACCUCCCACUCCACUUCCACAGACAGCACAUUCCUGAAUGCAGUCAGCAGUUCCCAUGUAAGCGAACUUUCACUGAGGGUGGAGUUUUACUCCCCAGGAUCAUAACGACACAUUUUAACCUUCUAAUACAAACUGCUACAAAACAGGAUUGCAAUUUGUUACUCUGUUUGGUUUGCACAUUUAAUCGGCUCUAUCCCCAGUUUUAAUCAAAUCAGAGGAUAAUCACAAGAAAAAAAAAAGAGAGAAUGGGCAGGGGCAAUAAGAAACCACAGACAACGGGGUGCUCAGUGGCCCACAGUGGACAGAAGAAAUUUACAGUGCAAACAGAGAGGGGAAAGCAAUAGAAAAGAGAAGUAUCAGGAGAGAGAAGAAAAAGAGGGAGUGAGAGAGAAUGAAGAGACAGAAAGGGGGAGAGGGAGAAUGAAAUAAGAGUAAGAAAGAAAAUUGUAAACUGCAGACAGAUAGGAAACAGGAGAGAGGAGCAGUGAGACAGGCAGUCAAUGACACAAACUGCACAGACACAUGCAGAUUGGGAAGGCCAAGAAAGACGGAGCCAGAAACCAAUGGAUAGAUAAAGUGUAUAGAGAAGCCAGAAGGUGGAACAAAAACUGAAAGACAGUUGCAAUAAUCAGACCCUCUACAAAUUCUAGCCUCAAAUCUGCCUGUUGAGAGUCUGGAAUAGCUUAUGACGGUGAGAAGUUGUCCAGAUUUUUUGUGUAGACAUUCUGCAGAAGCUUCCGACUAUUUCCUGGAAGCAGGUAUUACAGGACUGAAACCAAGGUACCAUCUGCAGUGUUAAGAGUCAUAUUGCUGUGUAUUCAUGUCAACUCCUGAGAUUCAUUGGCACUCUUCAGGGAUGAUGGAUUCAACUGUAUAAAUAGGUCAUUUCAAAGUCUCAUCAACAUUUAGAGCCAUGUACUGAGCCAUACAAUGGCUAAAAUGCUUUAAAUAACAUUGAUGACACAACAAAUGUUACGUGAUUGUAAAUGCAACUGGAGCUCCAAUUAAGGACACUGCUGAAUCCCGCACAACCUCCAUGAUAAUGCGUUACAUUCAUAAGCAGCUUCAGUGAUAUGUGGUUCUCCUUUUUUUUUGGUUGUUGGAGAAGGAAACAACUGUUUUAAAAAAUACUGUAGCAAUAAAAAUAUCA